CAGCUGGGGGCUCGCGCUGCCGCCGCCGCUGCUGUUGCUGCUGCUGCUGCUGCUAGUGGUGGGGAGGCGGCGGCGCUGGCGCUGAGCAGCUGCGGGACCCCCCACCUACCCACCCACCCACCUCGCCCAGCUGGCUACCAUGUUGCGGCCCCUGGAGAAGUGCCGGGGCGAGUGGAAGGCCCUGGAGGAGGAAUUCCAGCAGCUCCAGGAAACCCACAAAAUAUACAAACAAAAACUAGAGGAAUUGAACAGCUUGCAGACCGCUUGCAGCAGCUCCAUACAGAAGCAGAAGAGAAGCUUAAAGGACUUGCAGUACAGUUUCCAAAGAUGUAACCGUGACUGCAGCCAUGAAGAAUCAGAACUCAUACAGCAAAUCAACAGCCAGAUCAAGGAGCGGCAAAAUGUCUUCUUUGACAUGGAGGCCUAUUUGCCGAAGAAGAAUGGUUUGUACUUGAAUCUGGUGCUGGGAAAUGUGAAUGUAACCCUGCUAAGUAACCAAGCCAAGUUUGCCUACAAAGACGAAUAUGAAAAAUUCAAGUUGUACUUGACAAUCAUCUUACUGCUGGGAGCGGUUGCCUGCCGCUUUGUCCUUCAUUACCGAGUGACAGAUGAGGUUUUCAACUUCCUCUUAGUUUGGUAUUACUGCACGCUGACCAUAAGGGAAAGUAUCCUCAUCAGCAAUGGAUCAAGAAUUAAAGGCUGGUGGGUGUCGCAUCAUUACGUCUCUACAUUCCUAUCUGGUGUGAUGUUAACAUGGCCAGAUGGUCUCAUGUAUCAAAUGUUCCGUAACCAGUUUUUAGCAUUUUCAAUAUUUCAGAGUUGUGUCCAGUUUCUACAAUAUUACUAUCAGAGUGGUUGCCUGUAUAGACUCCGUGCAUUAGGGGAAAGAAAUCACUUAGAUCUCACAGUGGAGGGAUUUCAGUCUUGGAUGUGGCGAGGGCUGACCUUCCUGCUUCCUUUUUUGUUCUUUGGGCAUUUUUGGCAGCUCUUCAACGCUAUCACGCUUUUUGAACUGGCAAGACAUAAGGAAUGUAAAGAAUGGCAGGUUUUUGUGCUUGCUCUCACAUUUCUGGUGCUCUUCCUUGGAAAUUUCCUCACGACUCUGAAAGUAGUGCAUGCCAAACUUGAGAAGAACAAAGCGAAGAAGUUGUGAAGAAGGCCAUGCUUACGGAUGCUAGAACUUGGGGUUUGGUUUCUUUUUUCCCUCCCAUGUGAGUAGACUCCUGUUCCAGACAGUUCUCCUGCUUAACCAUCACUGGCUCUAAAGUAAGCAAACCACGGAGGAAACUGCAUCCACAUAAUGGCGUUGCUCUGGAAGUGCUGCUCUCUCCAGCUGGUAGCCCAGCUAUUUAUAUUACACUUAAUAUAAAACCCUCCGACCUGCUCUGGGAUACAUCAAAGAGAUUGAUCCCUACUAGGAAGAAGUCAGAUUGUUAGAGAAAAUGGAAGUGUCAUUACUCGGGAAUGAAGCAAGUGUUGAUUAAAUACUGCCUUUUAACGUUCCAGAUGUUAGAAUCUUGGUGAUUGCUCCAAGCCGUUUGCACGGGACCGAGUACUGCUGCUCUUCAAACCACCAUCUUGAAAACCAACAGGGGCUGUAUAGGAACAACGUUUGUUGAGUAAAAGCCCUAAUGACUGUUAGGUACUUGCAGACAGUUGAAGACAUGUUCAGUCAUUGGCACAUAAAUAGCCUGUGAGGAGUGGAAAAACUUUGCCUCUUCAUUGUAACUUAUUCCACCUAGACUAGCUUAAAAAAAAACCCCACCCCCACAAAAGUUGCUAAUUAGGAAAUGUACUGGAAUGUAAUGGAUGUGACUAUUUCUCAUUUGUUUUGUUGGGCACAGAAAUUGAAUGAAUGUUUUCUUGACAGAACUCAAGCAUAUUGAGCCUUAGGGAGGGGGAAAGAAAAGAAUGAAGAUGGCAAAUAAAGAACUGCCUCAGCGGA